AUGCCUCCCCGAAGGCAAUGGAUUGAUAAAAAAUCUGCCACCACCUAUCAGCUCUUUCACAGGUCCCAAAACGACCCCUUAAUUCACGAUGCGGAGGCAGACGAUAGAGUUCUCCAUAGGGUGUCGGGUGCCCCCAUAACAGAAUCGCCCUCUAUACCUCUAAAAACUACCAAAACAACAGCCAAGAAUCUUGCGGAACUCGAGAAGGAAUUUGGAGGUGCUCAGGUCCGCAAGAAUGAAGGAGAGGCUGCUAAUUAUGGGAUAUACUAUGAUGAUUCGCAAUAUGACUACAUGCAACAUCUUCGAGACUUAGGCAGGAGUGGAGAUGGACAGUCGCAUUUCAUUGAAGCAGUCCCGGUUAAGGGGAAAGGGAAGGCCAGGACUGUGAAGCUUGAGGAUGCUUUACGAGAGACUUCAUUGGAUGAUGGAGAUGACCUUGGCUCAGUCUAUGAUGAUAUCCUGUCUACAGCAUCGACUUACUCUCGGAAGCCCACAUAUCAAGAUCAACAGAACGUCCCCGAUUCGAUUGCUGGUUUUCAACCCGAUAUGGAUCCACGGCUGAGAGAAGUUCUAGAGGCUCUUGAAGAUGAUGCAUUUGUGGAUACGGAUGACGCCGGGGAUUUAUUCGAAUCCCUUGUCCAAGGUGGGCCGGAUGCCGAAGUGGAUCCCAGCGAAUGGAAAGAUACCUUUAUUGAAGAUGACGAUGAAGGCUGGGAAUCGGAUGCAACGGAGAAAGCACCAGAGCAACCAAGCGUAAGCACCACCUAUGCCGAAUCACCCGCCAAAGGACCCAUGGACGAUGUGCAAAUUCCAGACACAGUUGCCGGCGAGGGAGACUGGCUCCGCAACUUCGCGCAGUACAAGAAGGACAUUAAAUCGAAACCCGCCCCGCCUCUCAUCCACGGGGAUACUGGCUCCGUCUUACGAGCCGGAACCGUGGCGUCCACAAUGUACACGGCGGGCGGGACCCCCGUCCGUAGAAAGAAGCGCAAAGGUGCACUCACAAACUCAACCGCAUACUCCAUGACCUCAUCAUCUCUUGCGCGAACAGAGGGACAUCGCCUGCUCGAUGACAGGUUUGAAAGAAUUGAGGCGCUCUACGCGCUAGAUGAAGAGGGCGAGGACUAUGAUGGCGCCAGUUUGGUGGAUGAUAUGUCUGUGGUGAGCGGGAUGUCCAAGGUUUCUGAAGUGCCCAGUCUUGUUAGCGGUGGGACACCGCUCCGAUCGGAUUUCAAUCAGAUUAUGGAUGGCUUUCUGGAGGGUUGGGAGGAUCGUGGUGUUCAUGCCAAGAGGAAAGGGGCCAAGGGCAAGAGGGGUAAGAAUGGGAAUGAGGCUAUUGGGAUGAAAAUGUUGGAUGAGAUCAGGCAGGGCCUUGGACCGGCCAAGUUGCCUGGGAGGGUGUAG